CCGCCUCCUCCGCGCAUGUCAACGACACGUGCGUCGUCGGUGACGGUAGCGAGCGCUGUGUCCGUCUGCUAACUGCUUCGUUUCUCGACAAUUACCUUUUAAUUUUUAAAACUUACGCGGACGCUCACGUAUCGUUUGUAAAUGGGAGGUCUUCAAAAGAAAAAGUAUGAGAGGGGCUCUGCCACCAACUACAUCACCAGAAACAAAGCUCGUAAGAAGUUACAGCUGAGUCUCCCAGACUUCAGGCGACUGUGCAUCCUUAAAGGCAUCUAUCCUCAUGAGCCCAAGCACAAGAAGAAGGUGAACAAGGGCUCUACAGCCGCAAGGACCUUCUACCUGCUGAAAGACAUCCGCUUCCUGCUGCAUGAGCCGAUCGUUCGCAAGUUCAGGGACUACAAGGUGUUUGUACGCAAACUUAAGAAGGCUUAUGGGAAAACAGAGUAUUCUGAUGUGGAGAGACUGAGGGAGAACAAGCCAUCCUACAAAUUGGACCACAUCAUCAAAGAAAGAUACCCCACCUUCAUCGAUGCUCUCCGUGAUAUCGACGAUUCCCUCUGCAUGUGCUUCCUCUUCUCCACCUUCGCCCGAACAGGAAAAUGUCACGUUCAGACAAUCCAGCUGUGCAGACGCCUCACCGUGGAGUGGAUGAAUUUUGUGAUAACAUCUCGUGCCCUCAGAAAGGUUUUCAUCUCCAUCAAGGGGAUAUAUUACCAAGCUGAGGUGAUGGGACAACUCAUCACAUGGCUGGUGCCAUAUCAGUUCUCUCAUGAUCACCCAACAGAUGUCGACUACAGAGUAAUGGCAACUUUCACAGAGUUGUACACCACUCUUCUGGGGUUCAUCAACUUCCGACUCUACCAUUCCCUCAACCUGCUCUACCCACCAAAGCUGGACAGUAAAACUGAGUCGGAGCUGAAGGAAGAGGACGAGGAUGACUAUGCCAUGAAUUCAGAAAGCUACCUAGAGAAACUGUCAGCUCUGAGUUCCAGUCUGGCGCGGGUGGUUUCUACAGCAGAGGAGGAGGAGGCUGAACUUGACCAGUUUCCCGACGAGGGGGAGGACAUUGAAAAGCUGGAGGCGAGGGAAAAAGAACAGAAACAGCUGGAAGCUCAGAAAAAGCUUUUUGACGGGCUCAAGUUCUUCCUCAACAGAGAAGUGCCCCGAGAGUCGCUGGCUUUUGUCAUCAGGUGUUUUGGUGGGGAGGUGUCCUGGGACAAGUCUGUUUGCAUUGGUAGCACAUAUGAAGUGACAGAUGAGACCAUCACGCAUCACAUUGUUGACAGACCCAACGUCGAUAAACAGUAUAUCAACAGGUACUACAUCCAGCCUCAGUGGGUGUAUGACUGUGUCAAUGCCAAAAUCGUCCUGCCUGUGGAAGACUACUUCCUUGGAGUGACUCUGCCCCCCCACCUCUCCCCCUUCGUGGAGGAGAAGGACGGAGACUACGUGCCCCCUGAAAAACUAAAGAUCAUGGCUUUACAACGAGGAGAAAAACCUGCCCAUGGACAGGAGGACGAGGAAGAAGAGGAAGACGAGGAGGAGGGUGAGGAUGAAGAGGAGGAAGAUGACAACGAAGAGGAGGAAGAUGAUGAAGAAGAGGCAGAUGAGAAGAGUCUUAAGAAGAUGGAAGAGCAGAGAUCCAAGGGCAAGUCUCUGCAAGUCAAAGUGACGCCUGGCAAAAUGAAGGUAGAAAACCCAGCACGCUUGGAGGAGGAGGAGAAAGCAGAGGAGAAACGUCUGGCCAUCAUGAUGAUGAAGAAAAAGGAAAAGUACCUCUACGACAAGAUCAUGUUUGGAAAGAAGAGAAAAGUCCGAGAGGCUAACAAGCUUGCAGCCAAGAGGAAGGCCCACGACGAUGCUGAAAAAUCAAAGAAGAAGAAGAAGACCAGAAAAUGACUCGUCUGUUGAUGUAUUUGUCAGACUGACAUUAUGUAUUUAACUUCAUGAGAUAGUGUGUUACAGGUUGACAUGUCAUUUGACAUGUCAUAAAACCUGUAAGUGCAUUAGAGAGCUCUGUGGGUGAGUUGUAUGCACCGUGAUGUAGGUGCAUUGACCUCUGCAUAAUUUCAAGCUGAAGUGCAGGAUGUGGUAUAUGAUGACAGUGUAAUUAUUAAUGUAAAAGUGACUGUUUGCCUUUGUUUGUACGAACUGUUCCACAAUACACAAAAUAUUUCUUCCACUUUAUUCUAAGAUCUGUAUUUGAAACGGUCUGUAUUUUAAAGUAAAAAUACAACAGAUUAAGCCUUUUA